GAGAGAGAGAGAGAGAGAUGUAGUCGGAUCAGCUGAGCUCAUAAGCAGGGAAUGGGGAAGUAGGAUUCAUAAUCUAUUUCACAGGGAUAUGAAACGCUCAUUUGGUUCGUAAGGCUGUACUGGUGAAGGAUUGACGCAGACUCAUAUCGAUGUGAUUUUUAUGAACGGUAAAUCUGAAAGAGGAAUAUUCUCACAUCGCCUCUGGAGAAUGGCAGGACAUAGCGGUGGCCUGUCGGGAUCGCUCAAAUGCCGCUUUGUUUGCCGUCCCAGCGUGGAUUGAUCGUUCGCCUUUGUGCAUAAGUGCAUCUGAAUUCACCAGACACGUAUUUAAAUCCAACAGCCCAUCUAUUACCGAGCAUUUACGGUUCUCCUGACAUGAAUCCUCUUCAGCUCUCUGUGGUGUGGGCGCUGAUGUUAGCCCAGAUGUGCGUGUUUUCUCGGGCUUGUCCCACGGGAUGUCGCUGCUAUAGUUUGACAGUUGAAUGCGGCUCCAUUGGACUGAAAGAGAUCCCACAGGGCAUCGCUCACGGCACACAGACUAUCUUUCUACAGGACAACGCCAUCGGACAGAUCCGCCAGCGAGAUCUAUCAGACCUCGGCCAGCUUCACCACCUCUACCUACAGAACAACAGCAUCAGCACCCUCGAAACCGGAGCGUUCAGAAACCUGGGCCUGCUUCUGGAGCUCGCUCUUAACGGUAACCGCAUCCACACGGUCACAGCCGACGUGUUUCGUGGCUUGGAUCACCUGCGCAUUCUCUAUCUCGCGGGAAACCAGAUCACCAGAUUGGAGGACUACACUUUCCGUGGACUACAGCGUCUGCAGGAGCUUCAUCUGCAGGAAAACGUGUUGGAGGUUCUUGGCGAUCAAGCGUUGGUGGGUCUGUCCUCUCUGGCUCUUCUGGACCUCAGCAGAAAUAACCUGAGAAGUCUGAGUCCUGCUUCACUCAAACCUCUCGUGAGCCUGCAGGUGCUGAGAGUCACAGAUAACCCGUGGCGCUGUGACUGCGCUUUGCACUGGCUUCGCGGCUGGAUAAAUGAAGAGGGCCAGAGGCUGUUGAGCUCGGCGGAGCGCCGGAUGUUGUGCGCGGAACCACCGCGGCUUUCCCACCUCAGUCUGGUGGAGGUUCCUGCAAACAGUCUGAUUUGCAUCCCUCCCAUAGUCCAGCUGGAGCCCAGCCAUCUGACCGUACGUCUGGGGGAGAGUCUGCGCGUGUCCUGUCAGGCGUCCGGAUACCCGCAACCCCAGGUCACCUGGAGAAAAGCCUCUCAUGGUAAAGCCCAGCUAUCCCCCAGGGGUCUGGUGCAGGAAGUUGGGAUGGAAGGAGAUACGAGAACCGGGGGUAGAGUGGUAACCGCCAGACCCGUUGGAAAAGGGGCGACGAGUCGCGGUCCGGUGCUUGGAGUGGAGGACGGAGGCGACCGAGAAAGCUUCAAUCCGGACACUGGAAGCGGGAUGCUGUUUCUCAGUAACGUCACGGUGGCCCACGCCGGACGCUACGAAUGCGAGGCCUGGAACCCUGGAGGGGUGGCUCGCGUGACUUUUCACCUUUCCGUGAACAUGUCGUCGUCUUCAUCCCCCUCUUUGAUUUGGCCUCGGCUGCACUCUUCUUCAUCGUCGUCGUACUAUCAUCCGUCCUCGGUGGACGUAAGCCAAGAGCCGCUGUAUGAACUGGAAAGCAUGGACUUCAACGCUUUGGGCACGGCCACGCAGACCGCCAUCGCUGUGGGCAUUUCUCUUCUGGCCCUCACGGCCCUGUUGCUUCUCUGCAUGAUUUACAGCCGUCACCAACAACGACUAAAGGAAGACGGCGGUUACGAAGUCAGCAAGGAGGAGAGCAUCCUCUACGUCAACGACUAUUCUGACGGUCCCACCACAUUCGCUCAGCUGGAGGAGUACAGAGACGAACGCGGCCAUGAGAUGUACGUGCUGAACCGUGCCAGACCAGUGCUGCCUCCUCCUCCGGUUCCCAACCAACAGGCGGUGGGGCUCAAAACUACAGAGAUGCUUCAGGGUCAGGGUGUGCUAACCCCGGGCAGGUCGACAGGCAUGGGUCCCCGCAGGGCUCCGGCGGAGGGAGGAGAAGGUCCUCCACCCGAUCCCGAGGGGCUUUUUAUGAACCAGAGCUUGCUGUUCGACACACAGAUCGCUUAUGAAAUCCACUGCUGAGCGAAAUCACUGUGCUUCUGCUCGGUACAAGAAAAGACUUGACCCAGAUCAGUGAGGUUUUUGCCAUCUGACAUAGUCCUGCUAAAUCUUCUUUUAUGUUUAGAGAGCACACAUGCUUUUUUGUGAUUUUAUGUAACUAUAUAAUAUAUCACACAUACUUUAAAGCUACAAUGUGUGAUUUAAAUACUGCUAGUGCCAUCAUCAAUAAUACACGGCAAAAAAAUGAAUUUCUUACUAAGCAUUUUUGUCUUGUUUUCUAGUAUCUAAAACUUCUUAAAUCAAGAUACGUUGAUGCUGGUGGGGUAAGAAAAAUCAACCUAAAUUAGGUACUUAAGAAAUAGUUGAAAUUCAAUUCAAGAAGGGCUGUCAAGCGAUGAAUCGCAUCCAGAAUAGAAGUUUGUGUUUACAUAAUAUUAACAUAAUAUAAUAUAUACCUAAAUUCAAGUUUUUAUACCCAGAUAUUUUUCACUUGUUUAAAACAUAAAGUGUCUUCAUUCUUAAAUUUGUUUUAAUAAAACAAGACUCAGGCAAAAGCAAGCCCAAAACAAGACGAAAUGCUUGGUUAAAAUCCAUGUUUUUGUAGUGUACCGACAGGCUUCCCACACACUUGGUACAGUAGUCCAAUGUCAGAACGAAAGAACAGAAUGUUAAAAGCAUUACAGAUCCACAGUGUUUACACUCAACCUUUAAAUGAAUUAUUUACAGUGGUCUCGGGACAUUAAGCAGGAAUUACACAUUGUAGCUUUAAAGUAACAAAAACUGAAAUCUAAUAUAUUUCUUUUUCAGUAUUCACGCCUUGCUUUCCAGUACAAAUGUCUAAAAUAUAUUAAAUCAAUAUAUAUUUAUAUGUAUCAUAUAUAUUAUAAUGGAUAUGACUAUACAUUUUUCGUCUUGUUUUCUAAAAAAUAAUCAAAAUAUCUCUCAUUGGAGAUACAAAAAAUAAACUUGAAUUAAGUUUAUUUUGCUAACCUCAUUUGCAGAUAUUUUAGCUUGUUUUAGGCAUAAACCUACAUAUUUAUAUAAAAAAAACGUUAUUUUGCUCGAUCUUUAUUUAAGAAUUUUUAAACUUUUGCGCUGAAAAACAACACAAAAAUACAGAUAAAGACAUUUCUUAGAUUUUCGUUUUUCGCGGUGUUCUUAAAGAACAGAAUAACUGAAAAUCUUGUCUUUAUUUACUCACACCCAUGUAGUUCAAAAAUACUGGAGUAUACAUUUUCCAAUGUUUUUGUUUUUUUUGAAGAAUCAGAGUGACUUUACUCAUAAAGAUGACUUUAAUAGUUCCGUUAAGACCUUAACAGCUGUUGUGAUGAACAGUCAUUGUUUGGGAAAGAGCUACACAAAUCUCCUUCAAAAAACAACACGCGUGUGAAAAAAAAACAGAAUUAUAAAUGUUUCGGGUGAACUACUUCUUGAAAAGUAUAUUUACCUUUUUUACAUUCUCUGACUGUUACUUCAAACCAAGAGGUCAAACAAAACUACCAAAAAGACAUGGAGUAUUUUUCUUGUUUCUAAGUGAUCCAACUAAAGCCCAUCUGAACGUUUGGCGUUUGGGCGAGGACCGAAAAGCAAAGGACGCGAGUUGGGAGUGUCGAGACGUCCCUGUGUCAAACAUUUCAUUUUCUCUGCUUGUGUCAGGCGGUGUGAAUAGCUUUGAUGUCGCUCUUGCAGAUGCCGUCUUCAUAUGUGAAGUAUCUUUUCCCUUUUACAUGCAAGUGUGUAUUUAUUUAUACGUGCAAGACAGAAACUGUGCGUAAACAAGAACCAAAAGCGGGUGGGAGUAUGUUUCCGACAGCCAGGCCAGUAAAGUAGUUACGUCUGUCAUCUCUUUGAGGGAUGUGUGUCCUGAUAUUCUUGACCACUGUCGGAAAAACACUGUGAAUAAACACACUGGACUUUCGAUUCACAGCUAAGCUUUUGUAAGUUAUUAGAUAUGACAGUUUAUUUGGUAUAACAACAGGCCUAUUGUUUUUUAUUGGAGUCUAUAUACUUUUUUCUGUUUGCUUUUUCCAGCAGCGUUAUACAGAGAAAUGAGUAGUGAUUAAAUCAGGGUAUGCAACUUAAGCAUCCAUUACAUUACAGAUGUGAAGCUUCAUGUCGAACAAUACAAUAGUUUGUGUAUUUCUGUCAAAUGUCUAUCAAAUAUCAACCACCUAUUUUAUCCAAAUAAAUUAU